AUCUUGAAACCCAAGAACGAGAUACUGGAGUGUGACGGGUACGUUUAUUUAGAACCUUCCAAAAUAUUUCCCGCCGAUCAAUUCGUUGUAGUGGAAAGAAGUGGUGCAGACAAUGCGUUGACAGAGACGGAGGGGCCAACGAGCACUGCAUCCAGCCAGCCCACCCCCUCCGUUACUCCCCUGUCAAACAUGUGCACCACUCCUAGUAACGUGGCAACAGGAUUUGGGUAUACCUGGUCCUUUGGUGGGCCAGGUGCUGAAGCCCGGGAAAAUGCACAGGGUGAACUUACCACAAAUAUUAAUUAUGCGGUAAAUAAUAAUCAAGACCAAGGUUCCAGUCAGAAAAUACAAGUUGAUAUUAAACCUCCUAAGAUUGCCAAUAGUACGCAUCGUAGACCAAUGUUCACCAUGAAUGAAACCUGUCAACAGACCCCUACAACGCACCAUGGCCAUACAGCUGGAGCUCAUAAUCAAACGCAUGGCACACUUGUCCGUGUUAAAAAACAUCAUGAUGUAUUUUCAUUAACGUGUGACAAAGGAGGCUGUAAUUGUGAUGCAGCGCAUCCAACGCCCGCACCUUCACUUUUCUCGAACACUUUAGUUUUUACCACAGCUGAUAAGCAUGCCAUGAGUAAGCAUUUCAUGACACCCCUUGGACCAUUACAACUUACAGCAGAAGAGUGCAAUGAAAUUUUAAUGAAAAGAGCAGCAGCUGCCUCGAAUCAAGCCAAUGCAAAUAACGUGGUAACGAGUCAAACAGACAGUACUGCUCAUUUUGGACAUGUUUUAACGCAUGUUAACACUACACAAAUCGAGACAAAGGUGAAGCAGCAACAAGAUAUGGGAAGUCAAGUCCGUGUUCCAAAGGAAAGGCCAUAUUCUUGUUCAGAAUGUGGGAAAUCGUUUCUCCUCAAGCAUCAUCUUACAACGCAUGCAAGAGUACAUACUGGAGAACGACCUCAUGUUUGCGUUCACUGUGGCAAAAGUUUUGCACACAAACAUUGUCUUCAUACUCACCUGCUCCUUCAUAGUGCAGAUCGACCAUACCAAUGCCGUGAAUGUAAAAAGUCUUUUACAUUAAAGCAUCACCUUGUAACGCACACAAGAGUACACACAAGAGAUCGGCCAUUCAUUUGUCAAGAGUGUGGAAGAUCAUUUCCUCUAAAGCGUCACCUAGUGACUCAUAGUAAAUUCCAUUCAGGGGAGAGACCAUUUGUUUGCGAAGAGUGUGGAGAAUCGUUUUCACAAAAGGAUCAUCUCACAAUGCAUUCGCGCUUCCACGGCAGUUUACAUCCCUUUGUUUGUCAUGAUUGUGGUGCAACCUUCCAGAGAAAGUUUGAAUUAGUGAAUCACGGCCGUCUUCAUGGGAGAGUUCCACACUCAUGUACUGUUUGUGGAAAAGAAUUUCUCCAAAAAAGAACACUGUUGGCGCAUAUGCGUUUACAUACAGGAGAAACUCCAUUUGCGUGCACUGUUUGUGGGGAAGCAUUUCCUAGGAAGUCAGACCUUGUUACCCAUUCUAAGAUUCAUAACAAUAACACGAACACAGAUGAGAAGUCGCUUAUGUGCAGGGAAUGUGGAUUGGACUUCUCGAAUCGAGAAGCCCUCACUUUGCACUUAAGGUUACAUUCUGGUGAUCGAACACUUGUUACUGACCUUUGUGGAUUAGCGGCCGCCUUCCAGCAAACUCCUGGACAUUUCCUUACCCCCAACACGUCAACAACUCACCAGAUGAAUGGACCCAUUGGCAAUCCCGGUGUCAGCCAUAUGCACGGUGCAACGCAAACAUCACCACCUGUGGGUACAGGUCCAAAACCAAAACCACACAUUUGUCCUGAUUGCGGUCGUGGUUUCGCACAGAAACAUGGUUUGUCUCAACAUCAACGGCGUCACACGGACGGCAGCUGUCACAUAAGAUCGCACGUGUGUGAUAAAUGUGGCAAGGCCUUCUAUCAGAAGAAUCAUUUGUUACUUCACCAACGCCAACACAUGGAUCCACCGCCAAGUAUACUUCGGCAACAACAGAGGCAAGCUGCUCAAGCUGCCGCUCAGCAGGCACAGCAGCAGCAGCAGCAACAAGCGCAACAACAGCAACAGGUGCAACAGCAACAAGUGCAACAACAGGUACAACAACAACAACAAGUGCAACAGCAGCAGGGUCAACAACAACCCCAGCAGCAGCAACAACAGCCUCAACAACCGCAGCAACAAACGUGUACGGUUGACACAAAAACAAUACAGCUGCAAGCUAUACAGCAACAAGUGCAACAACAAGUUCAACAACAGGUACAACAGAUACAGCAGCAACAGCAGCAGCAGCAACAACAGCAACAAGCGUGCUCUGUGGACACUAAAGCAAUACAGUUAAAUGUCACUAUGUGAGACGAUAUAGAAAGUGGGGACUGGUUAGUCCCUGGAACAAUAGCACUCCCAAAUGCGCACCCUGCUGCCACCCUCUGCACGCACUUCUCUUGUACUAACAUUACACAUUAGAUAUAUUUAUUAUCUCUAGAAUCGAAUACGAAGUAAUCAAUUUUAUUACAAGAGUAUAUAUACAAAGUAUACAUAUUAUAUUCUAAAUAUGUAAGGCUUGUAACAAGAAAAUAAAAAUAACCAUAUAUUAGUGUUUUACAUAUACUUUAUAUAUCAUUUACUCUAGAUAUGUAAAAUGACUAAACAAAUUAGUUGCCUUAAUGAGACGAUGAAUUUUACUGAAUAUAUUAACUAUUGUUUGGUGAACUCUUUUUCUUUUUCAUUUACUUUUAAUUAGUAGGACAUCACUUUAUAAGAAAACGAAUAUUAAUAAACAAACAUAAAACAAAGAAUUAAGUUUCUUUAUGUACUACUGCUUUGUUGUUAUCCUUCAUGCUGUGCUUGUAUGGUGGAAACCGAGAGAAACGUUUGAUCGUGUGAGUGGUCGGUAAAAAUGAGUAUGUAGAAUGAAUA